AUUUAAAGAACCAAACAAACAAAAUACAAUAAGACAACAAAAUAAACGUUGAUUCGUUACUCCCCACACAGGGGAACUGAAACACUAGAAUGGUGGCUGCCGGAGAUUCACUUCCCGAUGUGGAAAAAGAAAACGCUGAUGAAUCCAAUACGAGGACCUUUACAGCUUCUCGGACGCUACCAAGAAAACCCCUCGUCGAUCGGGGCAUUAUUCUGACUCCGCCACCAUCAAUUACCUGGUCAUUGGUAUCAAUCAAGGACAACCACCACGAAGGAGAUGAUGAUGAUUCCUCCUUCCUCAUUUUUCCUCCGACCAAGCAUGAGAAUCUCCACCUCUCGCCUCCCUCUCCGCCUCCUCUUCACUCGCUUGAUUUCAAACACCGUGGAGAGUCAUUCCCACUGCCAUUUCUCUCGUCUUCUUCUUCAUCGUCUGAAAUCGUCGAUGGAGAUGAAUCUAGUGACGAAUCUUCGACGUCGACGUUAUUCUCGCCGUCCCCCGGCGGCCCAGAAUCUCUUCCUGUUCUGAGAGAAAGAACAACAGUGGGCGUCGCCGGAUGGGUGAAUUUGGGGGUGGAGGUGUUGUAUUCGAGGGUCAAAGGGGUGUUACAGGGGUGGCACCGGACUCCGGCGAAGACAUCGGCAUUCGGGUGGGCGGCAAUGGUGGUGGGGUUUCUCUAUUUCUGGUGGCGGAGGAGGCAAGGGAGGAUAGAGCGAGAGAACAGGCACCAUCGUGUGGCUCGAAUUAUCAAGGAGAAAGAUGAGAGGAUUAGUCAAUUAGAGAAUCAAAUAGCUCGGAUGAAUGACUUGUUGCUGGCACUCCAGAGAUCACCAUCUUCAUCAAAAGACUUGAAAUGAAGCCUCCUUUCUCUGUCUUUGCAAUCCAAUUUUAUACAUAAAUGUAGCAUUUAAUGAUUUGAAUUCAUUUCUUUUCUUCCCCCCUUGGAGUUUAUGUUGUUUCAAACUGGAAAGUUAACACAAUGUAAUCUUGAAGGCAUGAUAAUUAGGAGUUAGAGCCCUGUAUGAUUGGGCUAAUAAGACAUUACUGUUGUUUGUAAUAGAUUUGCAGAUUUUCAGAACGGUACUUAUUCAAGUUGAUCGUGUUCGACAGAAGUGAGGGUCUGAUCAAACUGGACCAAGACCAAGUUCUUUCUCUUCUGAAUUUAUGGUGUAAUUAUAUAGAAAAAUGAUUUUUGUAGCUUAUACCGAAUACACAUUUCAAAUGUUUGCCUGAAAAGAUGUCACAGUUCGAUUCGAUCCUCACCAGUAACACUGGUAAAAUGUCUGGUAAAAUGCUUGUUGGCUGACCAGAUGUCAAAGAUCGAUUAUCUCCUGUUGCAUUCGUAAAACGUCCUGUAAAAGUUUGAUUAUCGUUGCAUUCUGUUGAAGAUCAAUAUCACUUUCACCUAACGACAUGCUCUCAAUGUUGU